AUGGUUGAAGAUGAUCGUGACAAAGAUGAUCCUGACGACGAUGAUCCUGACGACGAUGAUCCAGGCGACGAUGAUCCUGACGACGAUGAUCCUGACGAUGAUUUUUUUGACGACGAUUUUUUUGACGACGAUUUUUUUGACGAUGAGUUUUUUGACGAUGAUUUUUUUGACGAUGAUUUUUUUGACGAUGAUUUUUUUGACGAUGAUUUUCUUGACGAUGACUUUCUUGACGAUGAUUUUCUUGACGGUGAUGUUCUUGAGUGUGAUGUUCUUGACAGUGAUUUUGAAGAAAAUGAGGACGAUGACGAUGAUGAUGAUAUUAUUUCUUUAGAAUAA